AUGACAACACUACGUGUAGCAACAAUUAAUGUACAUUCUUUUUGUAAACCUCUUUAUUUUUCCAAUAAUAUUUCUCAAUUAAUAUCAAUUCUUCAACCACUCAAUCUCGAUGUAAUUGCUGUUCAAGAAAUGCAAAAUAAUGAUAAAUGGAAAGAUUUUUGUCAACGUCUUUCUUUACCUUUUUCUGCAUAUGGACCAGAGGAUGGUGCUUUUUGUAAUGGUAUUGCAUCACGAUAUGCAAUUCGUUCGUAUUCUGUUCAAAAAACAAAUUUUUUCUGUAAAGGUGGCGUUCGAUCUGUACUUCACUGUUGUCUAGAUGGUGUAGAAAAUUUAACAUUUGCUAUUACACAUUUAGAUCAUUUAGAUGAAGAUACUCGAUUACAUCAAAUCAAACAAUUUAAUCCAUAUGAGCACAAUAUCGAUAUACUUAUGGGUGAUAUGAAUGCUUUAACACGAGAAGAUUAUUCUGAUAAUUAUUAUCGGGAUAUUGUUGUUGCAAAACGUAAAAAAUCUAAUUGGGAAUCAGCUCAUUUUGAUCUAACUCAAUUAAUAACACACGAAUGGAAUUAUCAAGAUGCUUUUAAAACGAUAAAUCCAACAUUUCAAGAUGAACAAAUAGCAACAUGUUCAUAUGGAACACGUAUUGAUUAUGUUUAUAUACAUCCACGCAUUAAUAAUCAUUGGAAUUUAACAAGUUGUUCAAUUAUUGAUACUAAAGGAGCGACAGAUCAUAAUGUAGUUUUUGCUGAAUUUCAACAACUAUCGAGAUAA